AUGGCUGCCCAGGCGGUCACAAGUCCCUGUUUCCGCACCGCAGAUCCCUGCAGCAAGGGUCUACGCACUAUCCGAAGUUUCGAAAAGGGUGUGGAGAGCCAGGAGAGCGAGCUGCUUGUGGGGGAGAAAGGAUUUCGAAUGGCUAGUUUGCUCUCGUAUCGUCCUUUUUUGUUUCCUCACCCCAUCCUAAGUUCUUCCACCCUCUAUCCCAACAUAGGGCCCUUCCAACAGCCCGCCGAGCGAGCCAGGGUGUACAAUUACGGUUGGUACCUCAGUACGGAGACAAUGACGUCGGUCAGACUUCCGGCAGGUUGCUCGGUGCUCUGUCCACCUAGCAAGGACGCGUGA